AUGCACGUCGAAGGAGAUCAGGAUAACUCCAUCCAUCGCCCGACUGACCCAGAUGGCCUGGUGUUGGAAGCUUGGGCGCAGGGCUUCAUGGUUGGAGGUCUGCUGUUUAUGAUCGCAAUCACCAUUGCCAACAUGAGACGAAAAGCGUUGCUUCACAAGCUCAUUCUCCUAGAGUUGAUUCUCGGGAUGGGCCAUGGUACCUUUCUGUUUGCCCACGAGCCGGUCUAUGGCUGGUACCUCUCAAUCACGGCAGUCGGGCUGAACAUGUCUUGGAGUCUGCAUAAUGUGAUUGCUUGGAUGAAGAAUAAACCGUUUCUUACCUACCGGGUCUCGAUGUUCUAUAUCGGCACUGUCAUUCUGGCCCAGAUCUAUUGGGUCAUCGAGAUCUAUGCAAACUUCGCUUUCUUCAACAAUAUUAACAUGCUCUUCUUGAAGACACGGCCGUGGGAGCCUCUCUUCCGUGACCCCUGGUGGAUAUACACGACCUGCAACAUCUUCUGGGUAAUCAAGUCCCAAUACGACUUUAGCUUCGUCGAGCUCGUUCGUCAUAGCCCUCGGUUCGGGGUCAUGUUGGUAUCGAUGUGCAUUUCUAUCAUCUUCAUCGUCGUCGAUGUACUGAGCGUUCUCGGUGUGUUUCGAGGCGCUCUGCCAACGGGUCUCAAUCCAUUCUGGAAGCGAGCCUUCCAGCAGGCACAACGAUACCCGACGACGCCGAAGCCACGGCACGAUCCCCGCCUCCAACACGAUGAUAAUAGUCGAGCCCGAGCCAGCGAAGAGUCGAAAUGGAGAGGGCGCCAGUUGGAACUGCACUCCGCCUCUCCCGUCGAACUUCCCGAUUUGAAAAGUCUUCACCAGGCCUUUGUGAGAGGAGAUGUAUUUGAAGAGAGUCAACGCAGAGGGAAUCAUGUUGAAGUAUUCGCUACUUCAUCCCCCCUCUCGCUAGGCAUGAACCGAUCGCAUCACGAGCCGCAGGAGCCCGCAGAGUCCGGUUUCCAGACGCAAUACGAGUCGAUGGUGGAGCAAGGAGGAUUCCUCUACGAGAGUGGAAGCCAUCUGCCAUCUCGGGCGCUGGAAUGA